AUGGAAGGCACCAACUGCUCCAUUGCUCUGGAAACCGCAGGCCAUGCCGCGGCACUCGGCACAAGCGCGCCCGCACUGCUCCUCCUGUCUUGUGUGGCCGUGAUCGGCGCGUUUCUGGUCUACUUCUACGCGCCAUUCUGGGCCCUCAGGAGGGUCCCGGGGCCUCCAACCAGGUUUCCUCUCGGCCAUCUCCAUCUCCUCGCCAACCACGGACCAGACGUCUUCCGUGCCAUCGCCAAGGAGCACGGCCCCAUCUUCAGGUUUCACAUGGGGAGGCAGCCGCUGGUGAUCGUGGCCAACGCGGAGCUGUGCAAGGAGGUGGGCAUCAAGAAGUUCAAGGACAUCCGCAACCGGAGCACCCCGCCGCCGACGGUGGGGUCGCUGCACCAGGACGCGCUCUUCCUCACCAGGGACUCCACCUGGUCCUCCAUGAGGAACACGGUGGUCCCGCUCUACCAGCCGGCCCGGCUCGCCGGCCUCGUCCCGACGAUGCAGCCCUACGUUGACGCGCUGGUGGACAGCGUCGCCGCCUGCCCGGACCAGGACUGCGUCCCCUUCUGCCAGCUCUCGCUGCGCAUGGCCAUCGACAUCAUCGGCAGGACGGCCUUCGGCAUCGACUUCGGCCUCUGCAAGAAGGUCGCCGCGGCGGACGGCGGCGAGGACGUGAGGGGGUUCCUGGAGGAGUACAAGAGGUCCAUGGAGUUCAUCAAGAUGGACCUGUCCAGCGUUCGGCGGCGCGGCCACGGACGCCGACGACCUCCAGGGCAGGUUCCCGUACCUGGACCUGGUGAUCAAGGAGGCCAUGAGGUUCCACCUGGUGUCGCCGCUGAUCGCCAGGGAGACCUCCGAGGAGGUGGAGAUCGCUGGGUACCGCCUCCCGAAGGGCACUCGCCCAUCCAGUUCGACUUCGACCUCGUCCUCGGCUUCCGCCACGGCGUCAAGCUGAGAGCCAUGAGGAGGACGAGGAGGGACUGA